CUUGCGCCAGCCGCCGCUCGGUUGCUAGGGGCGGCGGUGAGCGAGUCAGGAGCCGCCGCUUCCCUCCCACCCCCUCGGGCUAUGGCGGAAGCCGAGGUGGAAGCUACGUUCCACAAUCCGCCUUCCGAGACCUCAGAGAGUGGCGGUGAGGAGACUCCGGAGAGCGAGUCGCCCGAAUGUGCUGAAAGGCCGCCGUCCGGUCUCCAGCACCAUUACCAAGCGGCUGUCAACCCGGCGGCCCGGGAACGGGUGUGUGGCCGCCUCCAGGACAGCAAAAGCCUGGACGGCCUCAGCGAGGUGCUGGGCGGUAUCCGAGGCCGGGAUGGCAAGCUGGAAGGGCGGAGGGCGACCAUCUGCAGUGCGCUGGAGCUGGAGGGCACCGUCAGCCACGACGGGGACCUCACCCACUACGUGGCCAACAACCUGCAGCAUAAAAUCAAGAUGAGUUCGAGGCAGAGCCUGGAGUUGGAGUCUGGAAAUAGCGUGAAAGCCAGAAGUAUGCAAAGAUUAAAAUCAGACAAUCCUCCAAUAGAUCCUGGGGUACUGCUGGAUCUGGAGAAAGAUGCAAAGGAGGUGGCACAGAAAGUCGAUCAGAUGAUGAAAAGCCUAAAUGCCACCAUCCAGAACAUGACUGCACUAAGUGUGGGCUACAUUCAAACUUAUCGAGAUUCAGUGGACAGUCUUGGAGAGUCAGUGGACAUGAGUAUAAAGGGCAUGUAUACACUAAUGGCCCGGUGUGAAGAACUGGACAGAUCUAUGCAGCCUAUUCUUGUGCUGUCUAAACAGAUCCGUGAGGUGAAAAGAACUCUGGAAAUGUUUGAAACGCUCUGCAAAUAACUGGCUCUGUUAAUAUGGUCUAAUAAUUGAUUUUUUUGUUCAAAUAUUUUUACUGACUUGUAGAAUAUCAAUAACUGCUGCAAUAGAAGAACAUUACUACUAUUAGCAGCAUUUGGGACACUGGUGAUGGCAUCUGCAAAUCCUUCAAAGCCUGAUUGUUAUCUUGCUAAACAAAACUUUAUGCAGUUGGCUUAGCAAGUUUGUUUACAAGCACCUUGAGGUUUACAUUGUGUCCAAUCGGAAGAAAAAAAAUCAUGCAAACAGUUGAUAAUUCAUUACCCUUAUUUCUCCUUCAAGAUGAAGUUCUGCUGCUUUUGCAUUGAUUGAAUUAGCAAGAUGGAUAAACCACUCACGUAUUUUGAGGCAAUGUUGGAAGGAGCAGCACGUUUUGGGGCAACAGGUCGUGAAUAACGAUGCAAAUGAAGAGCACCAAAAACCUGUAUCUACUGACUGGGAAGCACAUAAAAUGCACUUAAGAUGAUGAAUUUGUAGGGAAAAUAACUCAAUGAGAACUUGCACUGAAAACAUUUUAACUCAGGCAUGUAACUGCUUUGAAACAUAGUUUUCUUGUUGAAAUUGCAAGAGUAUUUACGAAUAAUCUUUGGGGGAUGCAGAGAGGGCAAUUGGUACCAGAUUAAGAUAAAUCCAGUUUGAUUCAAAUUGAAAUUAUAUGAAAUUUGCUUUGAAUUGUUUAUUUAUUAAAAGGAAUUAGUGUCUAGAAUCUAUCCUACGUCAGCAACUCUGCUCUAGAUUUAGAUUUGAUCACAAAACUAAUGUGGUGAAAUCUAAAACCUUGGUAGUUUUGUUGUCAAACAGUUUGUGUGCUGAAAGGUCCUAAUAGCCAUGUGACUUCACUUGGGAUCUGGUAACAAUUUAAAAGCCGUGAUGUUCAUCUCUAGAACAACCUGUCUGAAAUGAGUUCAUAAACCACAAGUGGGAAGUGUAAAAUCAGGAUGAUGCUGUGCAUCGUGUUAGCUUGGUUCAGUAGUAGCACUCUUACCUGUAUUUGAAGAUUGUGUGUCCAAGUCCUGUUUCAGAUUGAGAGCGCAUAAAGUAGAACGUCACUUAAGUGUCAUACUGAGGAAGUAUUGCAUUGUCAGAAACAUCAGUAAUGUUAAACUGUCUGUCUGUUUUAGUGGAUGUAAAAGGUCCAGUGGCAAUUUAUAUGAUGAGCGGUUUGUUUUUCUGGUACCUUGGCCAGAUGAACUGGUCAUUGAUCUUACUGGUUAUUGUGUUUGCCCUUAUAACAGUGACUGAUAAUCUGUUGACUGUUCAGUGCUUUGAAACAUCCUGAAGAUGUGAAAGAUAUUAAUGUAAAUGCAGUCUGUCUUAUUCUUUGAACUUGAUAAUUGUUACUUAUAUAAGAAAGAACCUAUAGGAAUGCACCCACUACUGGAAAUGUUUUGUACUGUGAUUGCUAUCUUGUCUACGCAGCUAACUAUUGGAGGUUCUCAGUCAGACCUAGAUGAUGUUUAUUUCCUACAGGAAAAAAGGACAGUAAUAUCAGCUCAGAGGAUCUGCAUGGAGCAAAUGCAUGACUCAGUAGUGACUUAUAUAUUUGCCCUGUUUUCAGACCAAUCAGAACCAAUUUUAAAAUGUUUUACCAAAUCCUUACAGAUUUGCUGAUUUUAAGUCAUUUCUGAAAAUCGUUUAGGUUGAAAGAUAAUUUUAACCAAAGCAUGUCCUUCGUUCCAUGCACUCCAAAUCUCUUAGUCUUUAGGCUUAAUAUGAAAGUCUGUGGUGUUUGGCAAAGUUGGCAUUUCACUCCUUGCAGAUUUGUACUGCGACUGCUGCAUGCUGGGUGGAACCAUGUUCCUUCAGCUACCAAGGGAUUCUAGAAUUGUGCUAAAUUGGUAUUUGAGAUUAAUUACAAGAGCCUUUGUUUAUUUUUUAUUUUGGUGACAGCAUGUUUUGACCUCUACUAUUUGCAGAGGGUAACAGCUCAAAUUAGAAGCAGAAUGUGUGUUUCAAGAGUUUGGCUUUGAGACAGAAAAUCAUGGCGUUCAAUCCUGAUAAUGUGUAAUAAUCCAGAUCACCUACCUCAGUUGAAUGAGCUUUGUCUAUUGUCCUUUUUGCCUCAUACCUUCAAGGGAAUACAUUAUUUUUCCCCUCAAAGGACAAUAAAACUACUUGACCUGU